GGUGGACUAGAAGACAUACUGCUGCUGCUGCUUACUGCAGCCUGGGCCAUGGACCCCCAUGAGAUGCUUUCGAAGAAUCCAUAUGCCCACAUCAGCAUCCCUCGGGCUCACCUGCGGUCUGACCUGGGGCAGCAGUUAGAGGAGGUUCCCUCUUCAUCUUCCUCCUCUGAGACUCAGCCUCUGCCUUCAGGAACCUGCACCCCAGGGCCAGAGAGUGUCUUGCAAACUGCUGAAGCCCCAGGGCCCAAGGGGGUCAAGGGUGUCAAAGGUACUGCUGAGCAGAGUCAACAGACCUGGCAGUCACCCUGCAAUCCCUAUAGCGGUGGGCAGCGUCCAUCAGGACUGACUUAUGCUGGCCUGCCGCCUGUGGGGCGUGGUGAUGACAUUGCCCACCACUGCUGCUGCUUCCCUUGCUGUUCUUGCUGCCACUGUCCACGAUUCUGCCGUUGUCACAGCUGUUGUUGUGUUGUCUCCUAGCCUGGCUAUCCAAUAUCCAGGGUUAUAGGGCCCAGGCCUCAGCCCAAUGCCAAAGUGGUGCUGGACAUCAGGAGUAGCCAUUGUCAUGGGCAUCAGCCACUUCCUACUCUGACGGGAGCCUGUCCACCAGAAAGGCUCAACUGGUGCCCUCUGGAAUAGGGUCCCAGCCAGGUUGGCAGCAAUAAGGACACCCUUCACUUCCUACAAGACUUUGGCAAUAAAGCGGGGUGAGCAUUG